AUGGAGUUAGAGCAGACUGUUGGAGCAGGCACCAGCCAGUCAACUCUCCAACAUCCUAACAACAGAAAUUUCCCCCCUCCAGCACCUACCAGAUCAGGCAGUAUGGAAACCCAACAUCCAUACUCUCUUCUAUGGCAUAAGAACAUUUCAUUUAAAUCUUCUUUUUUGCUAUGGAGAGCCCUUAGGGGUAAACUCCCUACUAAUGACAAGAUUACUAAUUUUGGCGUUGAGCCAUCAACUUGUGUUUGCUGUUUUGACAGGUCGGGAAUGGAUUCCAUAGAGCAUAUCUUCAGCACUGGAAAAUUUGCAGCAGCAGUUUGGAGCAGUUUUGCUGCUACUGCAGGCAUGCUGUCGGAUUGCUCCUCCCUACAGGCCCUAAUACAACAAUGGUGGGCUGUCAGACCAAGAAAUGCAGCACACAAGACACUACUACAAGCCACACCUAUUUUCAUAUGCUGGAACCUUUGGAAGAACAGAUGUGCAGCCAAAUAUGGGGGCAAAACAGCCAACAUAAGCAAGGUCAAAUAUGCCAUAUACAAAGACAAUUACAAGAUGCUUACCAAUGCCUUCCCACAGGUUAAAUGGCCAGCAAAAUGGGCAGAAUUGAUCCAUAUGAGUGAAAGGUGCGUGCAUGACAUCAAGGUAAACAUGGUGACUUGGACUAGACCUAAAGAUCAGUGGAUCAAAGUAAACACUGAUGGCAGCGCAAUCAAUAAUCCAGGCAAGAUGGGGGUUGGUGGUAUUUUGAGAGAUAAAAGUGAUAGGUUGGUGAUGGCAUUAACAACACCACUUGGAGAGGGGACAAACAACAAGGCUGAAUUAGAGGCAGUCAUCCUCGGAUUGACUUGGGCACUCGAACUUGGAUACAAGAAUAUAAUAUUGGAACUUGUCUCCCAAUUGGUUGUGCAUUGGAUCUUAAAGGAGGCAGCCCCUCAAUGGAGCAUUAUCACACAGCUGGGAAGGUUACAGAACCUUAUUUCUCAAACCCAGAAUUUCAAGUGCCUACAUGUAUUCAGGGAAGCUAAUUGGGUGGCUGAUGCACUUUCAAAACACAGUCACAAGACAACCACUCCGCAGGUUUACUUCAACAUCCAACAAAUGCCUAAGGAAGCAAGGUCAUACAAUCACCUUCACUUGCUGCAGAUGCCUAGCGUUAGAAGGAAGAAGACCAAAAGAAUUAAGGAACCUCCUUGA